GUAAAAUUCAGCUCAUUCUCAUAGCCCAUGUCAUCAAUUUUUAAAAAGUGUUAACAGUUCAUUUACGGUGAAGUAAUUUUUCUUCUGACGGUUUAGCCCUUCCGCCUUAUCCAUAUUAUCGUCUCUCCCAAGCAGACCAAAGAAACAGAGCCAGAAGAAAAAAGGCCUAACAGAAACAGUAAAGAACACAAUAGCAGAGAAGAGAUAAUAACGAUGAUGAGCUUAUCAAUUUCUUCGCCCAGCAGCGUGGGAUUUCCUGGGAAGCUUAAUCUUACUAAAUCUUCAUUUCAUGGGGUGCGCAUUUCCCAAAUGUGUCCCGCCAUUAAUGCUCCGAGCUCAUCCAGUAUGAAGGCUUCUUAUUCGUCUUCUAGAGUUGUAAUGAUGGCGAAGAAACAAGAGGAAUUGAAAGAAGUUAGGGCGAAGACCACCGAAGAGCUUAACGAGGAGAUUGUGGACUUGAAAGGAGAGCUUUUCAUGCUGCGGUUGCAAAGGUCGGCUCGUAAUGAGUUCAAAUCCAGCGAAUUUCGUCGAAUGCGCAAAAGGAUUGCUCGUAUGAUGACUGUUAAGCGCGAAAGAGAGAUUGAGGAGGGAAUCAACAAGAGAUUGUCCAGAAAGCUAGACAAGAAGUGGAAGAAAAGCAUUGUUCCUAGACCCCCUCCAUCUUUGAUUAAGCUGCGAGAAGAGGAGGCAGCAGAAGAAGCAAAAGAAGCGAAGGAAGCAGCAGCUUGAAGAAGUAGCAAAUGAUCCCUUUAUGCUCUUAUAUUCUACCAAAUUGUCACCAUACCAGUUCAAUGUAAUUUAUCAGUAUGAAAUGAGCAAUUUUUGUUUAGGAAACUUGCAUUAAAUGUAGCUCUUCUGAUCAUUCAGCCUCCCAAGUAUUCCCUUUAUAUUUCUUGAUCAAAAGUAAAAGUAAGGUUUUUUAGCCAUUAAGCAGGUCUAUAUUAAAGGAAGUACCAAAUCAUGAAGCAACUGAUAUGUGUUUGGAACUCUGAUUUUAAGCACACCCAAAGAUGUUUUUCUUUUUAUUUUUUUAAAUCC